GCAGUAGUUCGAUCAAACACUGGGCAACUGGUCGCUAGUUGGAGCAAACUUUGCGCCACAGGACCAGGCCGGACCGGGAGACUGUUCAGUCCAACGUUGUGCCUCGACAUCGACGGACUCAAUCUCUGUCGCACCACAAGUUGAUCUCGGCUCAGUUUGUCGGCCCCCUACCCUCCCCAACGUCUCUUCCCAGUGAGUGAGUGAGUCGGAUCAUCAUUAUAAUCAUUCGCCUUGAUACGGCUUCUCCAUUCGCACGUCAUCACCCCAAGGAUGCUGCUACGUAAAGUGUCAUCAGCGUUUGGCGCCAGCUUGCGCCAACAGUUGGUACGCCAGGGAGGGGAAAUUGGCGCUUGUGCGACCGUCCUCAGCGUUCAGCAGCCCAUCCGUCGCUGGCUCUCGAACGGAAGUAAAAAAUCGAAUCCUAAAAUUCUAAUCACAGGUGGAUUGGGCCAGCUGGGCGUCGAAUGUGCCAAACUGCUGCGUAGCCAGUACGGCGAGGAGAGCGUAAUUCUGUCCGACAUCAUCAAACCGAGCGAUGCCAUCGUGAACAGUGGCCCGUACAUCUUUGCUGACAUCCUAGAUUUCAAGGGAUUGCAGAAGAUCGUUGUGGAUCAUCGUGUCGAUUGGAUCAUUCACUUUUCCGCCCUUCUCAGUGCGAUCGGGGAGCAGAAUGUGCCGCUGGCGGUUCGCGUUAACAUCGAAGGUAUGCACAAUGUGCUGGAGUUGGCCAAGCAGUACAAGAUGCGCAUCUUUGUGCCGAGCACCAUCGGUGCAUUCGGCCCGGACAGCCCCCGGAAUCCGACGCCAAAUGUCACCAUCCAGCGGCCCCGCACAAUCUACGGUGUGUCGAAGGUGCACGCCGAGCUGAUGGGUGAAUACUAUCACCACAAGUUUGGGCUCGAUUUCCGCUGCCUUCGAUUCCCAGGUGUUAUCUCGAGUGAUCCACCAGGCGGUGGCACUACCGAUUAUGCGGUAGCCAUCUUCUUCGAGGGUCUCAAGACGGGAAAGUAUCAGUGCUACCUCAAGCCGGACACGCGACUACCCAUGAUGUACAUCGAGGAUUGUUUGCGGUCACUGCUCGAGUUUAUGACCGCACCGGAGGAGAAGCUAAAGCGCCGGGUGUACAACGUCACCGCGAUGUCGUUCACACCGGAGGAACUGGUGGAGAAGCUGUCCAAGUACAUCCCGGAGCUGCACGUCAGCUAUCGGCCCGAUAGCCGGCAGCUCAUUGCGGACUCGUGGCCGCAAGUGUUUGAUGAUUCAGAGGCGCGCCAAGAUUGGGGCUGGCAGCCUAACUACGAUCUGGAUAAGCUGGUCGAUUUAAUGGUGCGCGACGUUACGGAGAAUUACAUCAAAAAGGGGAACUAAGGAUUUCCGCGAAUCUCUUUCAGCCAUUAUCUAAAUAAACAGAAUACCCUUUCCCCCUCG